UCUCUGUCUGUGCAGCAGCUCCUCGGAUCUCUCCUUUCUUCUCUCACUUCCUGAUAAUGAUUAUUAGGACACUCUCUCCAUUCAUUGUCCUCUCCGUUGUCUGCUGUUAUGCAGAGGAGGUAAGGAGUAAAAGUAAAGUUUGUGCCAAUGUGUUUUGUGGAGCUGGGAGAGAAUGUGCUGUGACAGAGAAAGGAGAACCAAGCUGUCUGUGUAUUGAGCAAUGUAAACCCCAUAAGCGUCCAGUUUGUGGUAGUAAUGGGAAGACGUACCGUAAUCACUGUGAGCUGCAUCGUGAUGCCUGUCUCACCGGACUCAAAGUUCAGGUUGCCCAUGAUGGACAUUGUGAAGAGAAAACAUUGGAAAAAGUCACCAACAGCCCAAUUGUUUGUUACCUUACGGACCGCAAUGAGUUGAGGAGUCGUGUGAUUGAAUGGCUGCAGUCUGAGGCGGAGCCUGACGGCUGGUUUUCUAAAGGAUCCAACUUCUCAGAUGUCCUCCUCAAAUACUUCCAGAACUAUGAUAAUGGAGAUGCUCAGCUGGAUUCAACAGAAUUCUUGAAGUUCAUUCAACAUAAUGACACUGCAAUAAAUGUCACGUCUCCUUAUGCUGAGGAGGAGAACAACCGCCUACUCAGGAGUCUGUGUGUGGAUGCCCUCAUUGAGCUGUCUGAUGAGAAUGCCGACUGGAAACUGAGCUUUGAUGAGUUCUUGAACUGCCUCAGGCCUGGAUUCAAUCCUCCAGAGAGGAAGUGUGCCUUAGAGGACGAGACGUACGAGGAUGGUGCUGAGACUCAGAUGGAAUGUAACCGCUGCGUUUGUGCCUGCGGGAACUGGGUCUGCACUGCUGUUAUUUGUGAUGGUUCAAAUAAGUUACCUGCACUUGAGGAAAUGGAGGGAAAUGAUCAGGAGAUGACGGAGGAGGAGUGGACUCGGCGAGUGGCCGAACUCAAUAAACAUCAGGAAACCACUAAAGAGGUUUGAGGAGUAAUUCAGGAGGUGGGAUGAACUUUUGCCCAGAUUUCGCCUUCAAUCAACCUGUGUUUGAAUGGAAAGUGAGAAAGUUUCAUUUGUUUAGUUUAUUCUAUUAAUUAUUGAUGUAUUCAAAGGUGUGUUCUCUUCUGGUAUUUUAUAUAGUCUUUUUUUUUUUUGUA